GGGGUUGUUUUCCCGUCCCAAGAUGGCGGCGCUCAGUGGUGCUUCUGUGGAAGGGAAUGGCGGGGAGUGAAGCCUGAGGGAGCGGGCCGGGGCCGCGAGCGCGGAGGGGGAUGAGGUGACGCCGCCAUGGCGAGCGACGGGGGCAGGAAGCAGUUCUGGAAGCGGAGCGGCGCGAAGGUGCCGGGCAGUAUUCAACAUGUAUAUGGAGCUCAGCAUCCACCAUUUGAUCCAUUAUUGCAUGGAACCUUGAUAAAACCAGGCUCAAAGCCACCUACAACUCCAGUGAAACUGAAGAAAGUCAGCACCUUCCAAGAAUUUGAAAGUAACACAAGUGAUGCUUGGGAUCUUGGAGAUGAUGAUGAUGAACUCCUAGCAAUAGCUGCUGAAAACUUAAAUACAGAAGUGGUCAUGGAAACAGCUCACAAAGUAAUUCAGAAUCACAGCAAGCUACAAGAACAGCAUAAAUUUCAGGAAGAACAUCUACAGGAAGAAAAACAAGAGGAAUUUGCACAGCUGACUUCAGCUGCAUGUGGUGAUAAUAGGCUUGUUAAAUCAGUCAGUGAAGGUCAUACUUCGAGUUCAUUAGAUAAUGCUAGUGAAAAUUCUUCCAUGCAGAGAUCACAGUCACUUCCACAAACUUCCAUACCUCCCUUGACAAGUGGAAUGGCAGACUACAGCACCUCAGUUACUCCUGCAUUAACUGAGAGAGAAGCGUCUCGAUUAGACAAAUUUAGGCAGCUACUUGCUGGCCCAAAUACAGAUCUUGAUGAAUUACGAAAAUUGAGUUGGUCUGGCAUUCCCAAACGGGUUCGUCCAAUUGCAUGGAAGCUUCUUUCAGGUUAUCUUCCUGCAAAUGUGGACCGAAGAGAAAGCACUUUACAAAGAAAACGCAAAGAGUAUUUUGCAUUUGUUGAACAAUACUAUGAUUCCAGAAAUGAUGAAAACCACCAAGAUACCUACAGACAGAUCCACAUAGAUAUACCACGCAUGAGUCCUGAAGUUUUAAGACUUCAGCCCAAAGUAACAGAGAUCUUUGAAAGAAUUUUGUUUAUUUGGGCAAUACGUCAUCCAGCCAGUGGAUAUGUUCAGGGCAUAAAUGAUCUUGUUACUCCUUUUUUUGUAGUCUUCGUUUGUGAAUACAUAGAAGAAGAAGAAGUGGAAAAUUUUGAUGUUUCCAGUCUGCCUGAAGAAGUGCUGCAGAACAUAGAAGCUGAUAGUUACUGGUGCAUGAGCAAGUUGCUUGAUGGCAUUCAGGAUAACUACACAUUUGCACAGCCAGGAAUCCAGAAGAAAGUGAAGAUGUUGGAAGAACUUGUUAGUCGGAUUGAUGAACAAGUUCAUAGGCACUUGGAUCAGCAUGAGGUGAAAUACUUGCAAUUUGCUUUCCGUUGGAUGAAUAACUUGCUGAUGAGAGAAGUCCCUUUACGGUGUACCAUCAGGUUAUGGGACACAUACCAAUCUGAACCAGAGGGUUUUUCUCACUUUCACUUGUACGUCUGUGCUGCCUUCCUUGUCAGGUGGAGGAAAGAGAUCCUGGAGGAGAAGGAUUUUCAAGAGUUACUGAUAUUUUUACAGAAUUUGCCUACAGUACACUGGGGAAAUGAAGACAUCAGUGUACUCCUAGCAGAGGCCUACAGACUGAAGUUUGCAUUUGCGGAUGCCCCCAAUCAUUACAAGAAGUGAAUAUAAGGAGACAGAAAUCAUUAGAACCAAUGUGUUCUGCAGUAUUAUGGCAUCUGUUGUUCUGGUUAUGCUUUCAGCUCAUUGCUCUUUCAUUUGAAGUAAGAUGACCAUUAAAAUUCUGUUAGAAUUUGCAGAAUGAGAACAGAAUACCAAAGAAGUGGACAAAGCAGGAUAUCGAGCACUGAAUGAACUUAAAAGUGAAUUUUUUUGCUCAGCAUGGAAAAUGAGUUCAGAAGUCUUAUAGCAUAAUUUUCUUCCUUUAUCCCCUUCUCUAAAUAGGAGAAUUGUAGUCUGUCUUAUUUAUGUUGAACAAUUUUUUACGUACUUCAGACUUAAAACUACUUAUGGAAUGAUUUUGUCAUCACUUUAGUGUCACCUGCCAUGGCUUUAUCAGCCAGUUCUGGUUGGUUAAAUUAUCUACUUUGAGUGGCAAAUAAGAAUUUUUCCAUGUUCAUCCAGGCCAUAUGAGACAGCAAGGCCUGUGUUUUGAGGUCUGGUUAUAAGACCAGUCAAAAGACACUGAUAUUAGCACACCAUCUGUUGUUUUUCCAUGGAAUUAGGUUAGAAUACUUCCGUAAUUUAAACCUACAUAAACAAAUAUAAACAUAAAACCUUCCAUAGAAGGUUGUAAUGGAAAUUGGUGGCAUUUUUCAAAACAUUAUUCAGUCAUGAAGGAUGCUAUAGAAGUUUUUUAGCCAUAAAAAUGAGUUACUUAAAGCUGAAGACUCAUCUAUGACACUGAAAUAAAUCCCUCCCAAUAUCUUUUGGAGUGCUUUAAAAUAGUGAAUUAAACAGAAGUCAUGGUCUUGUCAAAGUAAUUAAAGUUUCUCUUUUAAGGCCUUGCAAUUUUUCAGCGUGAAAGUUCACUUUUAAGAAAUGUAUUAACAAGCUUGGUUUACAAAGCAAGAUAUAUGUUUAUCUCAGUUGUUGCCUUAUUCUCCAUUUCUAGCAAGUUAGAAAAGGAAAAUUAAUAUAUCUUUCCAAAGCUUUUUUGUUAAAUAAUUUAACACCUUUUUUUCCUGAUUAUUCAGAGGAAGAGAGCUCGCUCCCAAUAACAAUAACAGUAACUGUAUACUCAGAUUGCUCAUGGGUCCUUAGCAGAACAAAAAUCCUCUAUGAGUUUAUAGACUAAAAUUAGUGUUUCUUCAUAUAACCAUGGGAUACUGAACAAUUUCUUAAAAGUUACAUAAUUCAAGUGCACUAUUUUUUUUCAAGAAACAGUUUCUGAUAAGAAUUCUAAUUUUUCUCUGUUGGAUGUAAAUAACUCAUAUUAAUUUGUGCCUACCAUACACAUGCAGGUUAUGAAGGGUGGGAGCUGCAAUAAGCAAUACACUUAAAAGCUCAGAAAUUAUUCCUCAGUUUGGUUCUUGAGUUGCACAGUGUUGCACAGAGAGUGUAGUGCAAUUUUAAGUUUGGGAAAUAAAAAAGAGAUUUUCUUCAAGAGAUUUUCUCUUAUGACUUGUUAUUGGAAGAUUAUUUUCAACUCCUUGAAAAUAUGUAGAUACAUAUUUUGAAGAGAGCUUUCUAAAUGUGUUAGUUGCAUUACUUGCUGUAGGGGCCUUAGUUCUUCAUACAGACUUUGUAAUAAUUAGGUGUUUCAGGGUAAAAAAAAUACAUUUUUACCAACGUGUGAUUAUGAGACCAUCUAUAUUUUAAAAGUCUAUGAAAUGUUUGGUAGAAGACAAAAAAAGAGAAUUAUUUCAGAACCGGAGUGUUUGGCAGCCAGAUGCAUUUCUUUUCUGCUGGUGUCAGCCGGGUGUUUCAGUUGUGAUGGAUACAGGGUCAGGCCUCCCAGAUGGCUGCAUCUGUGCCUGGAAUGUGUAGUGGGUCUGUGCUUCUUACAUGUCUGUGUACUGCUUUCUGUAACUUCAGUUUGUGGUCUAAUGUAUCAAAAUUCAUGUUUACAAGAAUGUCAUAUUGUGCCUAACAGUGUCUACCAAUAACAGAAUAAAAAAACCAUGAAAUC